GCUCCCAGCGCCCGGCAAGGGAGACGCCGGGGCCGUGCUCCGGUGGUCAGGGCGCACCGCACCCCGAGCGCGGCGCCCUUGAGCUGCACGGCGGCGCACGUUUGCGAAGCGACUUGUCUGCGGGCCAGGAGAAGGAAGCGCUGUCCCUUCCCGCUCAACCUGGCGUCCCCACCCCUUGUACUCUACACCCUGCCUCGGACAAGCGGCGCGGCCACGGAGGCGCAGAGGAGGGGUGAGCCGCCGCCGGGCAGCGGCGUCCCUUCGGGGGAGAGAGCGCCUGACAGGAGGCGGCGGCGCGGCGCAGAGGGCGCCACGCGCGAUGGCAGCUGCUUAGCCCGGCGCGCGCGGAGCAGCCCGGAGCUGUGGCUGGCCAGACGGUGUGGCUGGGCGGGGGACGCCGCCGCAGCCCGGCCGGGAGAGAUGAGCGCCGAAGCGGGCGAGGGUAUCACUUUCUCGGUGCCACCUUUCGCCGAGGGUGGAAGCUGCCGGAGGGGAGGAGCGGCGGUGGCAGCAGAGGACGAGGAGAGCCAGCUACCGCCGCCGGGCAGCUUCUGGAACGUAGAGACUGCCGCCGCCCCUGGCACCGGUUGUCCCGCCGCCACCUCUGGGAGCAGCGCCACCCGGUGCCGGGGCAACUCUAGUAGCGGAGGCGGCCGACGGACCACGGUGGCAUAUGUUAUCAACGAAGCGAGCCAGGGGCAGCUGGUGGUGGCCGAGAGCGAGGCCCUGCAGAGCCUGCGGGAGGCGUGUGAGACGGUGGGCGCCACCCUGGAGACCCUGCAUUUUGGUAAACUGGACUUUGGAGAAACCACCGUGCUGGACCGUUUUUACAAUGCAGAUAUCGCAGUUGUGGAGAUGAGUGAUGCUUUCCGACAGCCGUCCUUGUUUUACCACCUCGGAGUGAGAGAAAGCUUCAGCAUGGCCAACAACAUCAUCCUCUACUGUGAUAACAACUCAGACUCUCUGCAGUCCCUGAAGGAAAUCAUUUGCCAGAAGAAUACCAUGUGCACUGGGAACUAUACAUUCGUCCCUUACAUGAUCACUCCACACAACAAGGUCUACUGCUGUGAUAGCAGCUUCAUGAAGGGGUUGACGGAGCUCAUGCAACCGAACUUCGAGCUGCUUCUUGGACCCAUUUGCUUACCUCUUGUGGAUCGUUUCAUUCAGCUUCUGAAGGUGGCACAAGCAAGUUCUAGCCAGUAUUUCCGGGAAUCUAUACUCAAUGAUAUCAGGAAAGCUCGAAAUUUAUACACUGGUAAAGAAUUGGCAGCUGAAUUGGCAAGAAUUCGGCAACGAGUAGAUAAUAUCGAAGUCUUGACAGCAGAUAUUGUCAUAAACCUCUUACUUUCCUACAGAGAUAUCCAGGACUAUGAUUCUAUAGUGAAGCUGGUAGAGACCUUAGAAAAGCUGCCAACCUUUGAUUUGGCUUCCCAUCACCAUGUGAAGUUUCAUUAUGCAUUUGCACUGAAUAGGAGAAAUCUCCCUGGAGAUAGAGCCAAAGCUCUUGAUGUUAUGAUCCCGCUGGUGCAAAGUGAAGGGCAGGUUGCCUCCGAUAUGUAUUGCCUCGUUGGUCGAAUCUACAAAGACAUGUUUUUGGACUCUAAUUUCCUGGACACUGAAAGUAGAGACCAUGGAGCUUCUUGGUUCAAAAAGGCAUUUGAAUCUGAGCCAUCGCUACAGUCGGGAAUUAAUUAUGCGGUCCUUCUCCUGGCGGCUGGGCAUCAGUUUGAAUCCUCCUUUGAGCUCCGGAAAGUUGGGGUGAAGCUGAGUAGCCUCCUUGGCAAAAAAGGAAACUUAGAAAAACUUCAGAGCUACUGGGAAGUUGGAUUUUUUCUGGGUGCCAGUGUCCUGGCCAAUGACCACAUGAGAGUCAUCCAAGCAUCUGAAAAGCUUUUUAAACUGAAGACACCAGCAUGGUACCUCAAGUCGAUUGUAGAGACAAUUUUGAUAUAUAAGCAUUUUGUGAAACUAACUACAGAGCAGCCUGUGGCCAAGCAAGAGCUCGUGGACUUCUGGAUGGACUUCUUGGUCGAGGCCACAAAGACCAAUGUUACUGUCGUUAGGUUUCCAGUAUUAAUAUUGGAACCAACCAAAAUCUAUCAACCUUCAUAUUUGUCUAUCAACAAUGAAGUUGAGGAAAAGACAAUAUCUAUUUGGCACGUGCUUCCUGAUGACAAGAAAGGUAUACAUGAGUGGAAUUUUAGUGCUGCUUCUAUCAGGGGAGUGAGUAUUUCUAAAUUUGAAGAGCGAUGCUGUUUUCUUUACGUGCUUCAUAAUUCUGACGAUUUCCAAAUCUAUUUCUGUACAGAACUGCAUUGUAAAAAGUUUUUUGAAAUGGUGAACACCAUCACUGAGGAGAAGGGGAGAAGCACGGAGGAAGGUGAUUGUGAAGGUGACUCCUUGGAGUAUGACUACGAAUAUGACGAGAAUGGUGACAGAGUCGUUUUAGGGAAAGGCACUUACGGGAUCGUCUACGCAGGCCGAGACCUGAGCAACCAAGUCAGAAUCGCUAUAAAGGAAAUCCCAGAGAGAGACAGCAGAUACUCCCAGCCCCUGCAUGAAGAAAUAGCAUUGCAUAAGCAUCUGAAGCACAAAAAUAUUGUCCAGUAUCUGGGCUCUUUCAGUGAGAAUGGCUUUAUCAAAAUCUUCAUGGAGCAGGUCCCAGGAGGAAGUCUUUCUGCUCUUCUUCGUUCCAAAUGGGGGCCAUUGAAGGACAAUGAGCAAACAAUCGGCUUUUAUACAAAGCAGAUACUUGAAGGAUUAAAAUACCUCCAUGACAAUCAGAUAGUCCACCGGGAUAUAAAGGGCGACAAUGUGUUGAUUAAUACUUAUAGUGGUGUUCUCAAGAUCUCGGACUUCGGGACAUCAAAGAGGCUAGCUGGCAUAAAUCCAUGUACCGAAACUUUUACUGGUACCCUGCAGUAUAUGGCACCAGAAAUCAUAGACAAAGGACCACGAGGCUAUGGGAAAGCAGCAGACAUCUGGUCUUUGGGCUGCACCAUCAUCGAAAUGGCCACAGGGAAACCACCUUUUUAUGAACUGGGAGAACCACAAGCAGCUAUGUUCAAGGUGGGAAUGUUUAAAGUCCACCCAGAGAUCCCAGAGUCCAUGUCAGCAGAGGCCAAGGCAUUCAUACUGAAGUGUUUUGAACCUGACCCUGACAAGAGAGCCUGUGCUAACGACUUGCUUAUUGAUGAGUUCUUAAAAGUUUCGAGCAAAAAGAAAAAGACACAACCUAAGCUUUCAGCCCUUUCAGCUGGAUCAAAUGAGUAUCUUCGAAGCAUAUCCUUGCCUGUGCCUGUCCUGGUGGAGGACACGAGCAGCAGCAGCGAGUACGGCUCAGUUUCUCCUGACACAGAGUUAAAGGUGGACCCCUUCUCUUUCAAAACGAGAGCCAAAUCCUGCGGAGAAAGAGAUGUAAAAGGAAUACGGACGCUCUUUUUGGGCAUUCCGGAUGAAAAUUUUGAAGAUCACAGCGCUCCCCCUUCCCCUGAAGAAAAAGAUUCUGGAUUCUUCAUGCUGAGGAAGGACAGUGAGAGACGUGCCACCCUUCACAGGAUCCUGACAGAAGACCAAGACAAAGUUGUGAGAAACUUAAUGGAAUCAUUGGCUCAGGGGGCUGAAGAACCUAAACUAAAAUGGGAACAUAUCACAACCCUCAUCGCAAGCCUCAGAGAAUUUGUGAGAUCCACGGACCGAAAAAUCAUCGCCACCACACUGUCCAAGCUGAAGCUGGAACUUGACUUCGACAGCCACGGCAUUAGCCAGGUUCAGGUGGUGCUCUUCGGUUUUCAAGACGCUGUCAAUAAAGUUCUUCGGAAUCAUAAUAUCAAGCCACACUGGAUGUUUGCCUUAGACAGUAUCAUCCGAAAGGCGGUGCAGACGGCCAUCACCAUUCUGGUGCCAGAACUGAGGCCACACUUCAGCCUCGCAUCUGAGAGUGAUACCGCUGAUCAAGAAGACUUGGAGGCAGAAGAUGACCAUGAGGAACGGCCUUCGAACCAAACUAUCCGAAGACCUCAUGCUGUCAUUGAAGAUGCUGUAGCUACCUCAGGGGUGAGCACGCUCAGUUCUACUGUAUCCCACGACUCCCAAAAUGCCCACCGGUCCCUCAAUGUGCAACUUGGAAGGAUGAAAAUAGAAACUAAUAGAUUACUGGAAGAAUUGGUUCGGAAAGAGAAAGAAUUACAAGCACUCCUUCAUCAAGCUAUUGAAGAAAAAGACCAAGAAAUUAAACACCUGAAGCUUAAGUCCCAACCAAUAGAUAUUCCUGGAUUGCCCGCAUGCCCCCGGGAUUCUCCUGGCACAAAUACUGAAGAGUCUGAGCUUACUGAGUGGCUGAGAGAUAAGGGAGCUGAUGAAGACACUAUAAGUCGGUUUUUGGCUGAGGAUUAUUCACUAGAGGAUGUUCUCUACUACGUUACACGUGAUGAUUUAAAAUGCCUCAGACUAAGGGGAGGGAUGCUCUGCGCGCUGUGGAAGGCCAUCACCGACUUUCGAGACACACAGACUUGACUAUGGCUCUGUUUGUGUCCAGCCUUCCGUGGAGAGUCUAACAGAACUGGUCUUCGCAGGGGAGGGAGAAUCUAAGGGAGAGGAGAAAGAAGCUGCACUUUAAAUCCAGUAUUUGUUUACUUGUGUUAAAAGAAAAAAAAAGACAAAAUACACUGAAAUUUCCUAACUGCUUCUAUUUCUACUAUUCAUAAGGACUCUUUGUAAGGACUCUCAAAAAUAAUCCUAAACAUCAGGAUGCUUGGGAUUAUUUUCGUCUAAACAUUUUUAUGGAAAUAUUUUUAACUUAGCAGCUGUUGCACUUCAGCUAUGUCUCUUUUACACAAAACGGAUAGAACAUUUCAUGUGAUUGUGCAUCACUGGAACAAAACCAAAAUGUGACCAUAAUUUUUUAGACUUCUGUGUGUGUGUAGGAUACUCAGAGUAGAAAUGCAUAAUUUCGGUUAUUGUGUAAAGUUUAUGUUUGUUUGGCUUUUUUUUUUAAAGUGUGCAGAAUCUGAGAAGCAGCGGUUUUUACUUACUGAUCUGUAUUAAUUGUAAUAUUGACUCUAUUUUGUAACUUGAGUUUCUGGCCCAUAGUACGUUCAUUUGAGUCGUGUAUGCACUACUGAACUGUACCAGUUGCACAUGUCUGAAUCCUAGUAAUGUUAGCUUGUUCUAAAGCUAUUCAUUGUGUCAUAUUUACUCUAAAAAGUAAAGACUCUUAACAUACUGUUCGAUAAAUUCUGAAGAGUUCUUAUUUUAUUGUGGCAAAUGAGAUGAACUUCUGUGUCAAAUUUCUAGUUGUUUCUUUUGUUCUUCAAUAGAAUCUAUUCAAGUAAUCAAAGAACAAUUGAUCUGCAGGUUGUCCCUCAGGGCACC